AUGGGUUCGGGGGAAGGUAUGUGGGUAGUGGCGGGAGAUUUUAAUUCGGUCAGAUUAUGUUCGGAAAGGAGGAAUUCAAAGUUCAUCAGUUUAGCUACACGGGAUUUUAAUGCGUUUAUAGAUGAAGCUAAUCUUCACGAGUUCACUCUAAAAGGUAGGCGAUUUACUUUUGUAGCAGGGAAUAAGAUGAGUCGAAUUGACAGGAUUUUUGUUAAUUGGAGUUAUUUUAUGAAAUGGCCAAGUGCUGAGUAUAGGGCGCUUUCGCGUGAUAAAUCGGAUCAUUCUCCGUUGAGAUGGGUUGGGAGAGGUCGUGAGGAAGGUGUUGGAUGCGGGAGUUUAUUGGGUGUCCCGGAUGUCAAAUUGUUAAACAAAUUUAGAAAAUUAAGGAAGGUGAUUGGCGAGUGGAAUUCGGAAUGUAUUGAUAAAGAGUUGGAAGAAAAGAGGGGUCUGGAGGAAGAGUUGCACCAUUUGGAUUUAGUCUUGGACUCUAGAGAGCUUACUAAAGAGGAAUUUUGGGUCUUGGGGGAAAUUAAAAAGCGUUUGAGAGAACUUGAUGUUUUAAAGCAAAAAGACGUCAGACAAAAGCCCAGAACUAGGUGGGCGAUGGAUGGGGAUGAUAACACAAAGUUUUUUCAUGGGAUGAUCAACAAGAGAAGGUCAGCGACUUUCAUUCCGGGGAUGUUGGUGGGGGGUGUUUGGGAAACCAAACCGACUGUUGUUAAAAGAGAGGUGUUGGGUUUUUUUCAUAGAAAGUUUAUUGAGACGAUGAAGAGUAGACCUUAUUUGUCGUGUUAUGGGCUUAAAAGGCUUAGUACGGAUGAAGCAUAG